AUGCGAUGUUUCAGCAUGCAGAAACCUCCCAAGGGUGGACUGAGAUUGAUCUGGCGGCCCAUGAACGACAUCAUUGAUGGGAAGGCUUGCUUCCGUUUUACUCUAGCUAUUCUGACAAAGCUUUCCCCAGGAUUCUCCCAACCAAGCGUCUCUUUUAUUUGGGUCCGCUUUGUCCAGCAAUCACAAUCACCUUUCACCUCAGCAGCGUCUCAGAAUCCGCUUACCCGAGAGUCUCGUCCCUCUCAACCUUGCCUCUCUGCUGCUCCCAACCUCGAGGAUAAAUACCUCCCACAUCUCCGACUCAAACUUUGCUUCUAUUCCAUUCAGCACCUAGCACAUCACGACAAGUCCGCAGCAACCGACAAAACAUCGCCCAAAAGGCUUCCAGCCAUGGGACGUCAAAAUCCUCAGGUCGAGGACCAAGACAAGCUGAAUACCAGACCGAUGACUCGAUCGAUGAAGCGCGAGCACGACCAGGAUGAAGAUGAGCUUACGAUGCCCACCUCCACAUCAUCAGCUUCAUCCAAGCCUUCCACCAAACGACGACGCCCGGACACCACCCCUAUCUCACUGAACAAUGCUCUCUCUUCCUUCCAAACGGCGCAGUCCUCUUUCCAGGCAGCCCAGGUCACCUACUUAAAAGCGGGAGAGACUCUGGUCAAAGCUGCUCAGCAGGACGAUCUAGAACAGCAGCUCAGACUAGCUAAGGAAGAUCUCUCCAACCUCCAGAGGGCGAAGUCGGAACAGGAAAGGAUGUUUCAGUCCGAAAUCGAAGUUCUACGCGGACAGCUGAAAGACAGCAGCAAGAUCUCCGUGAGCCAGAAAUACCAGGUCACCGAAAGCACCAUCGGCCCAAAAUGGAACCAGCUCGCUGAGAUGAUUUGUCAAUUCUCACGACAGCUCGACGCCGACGGAAUUGACAAGUGUCUUGCCAUGUGCCGGAUUCUCAUUCCUGAUACUGAUGAAAUUCUGUGCAAGUUGCGUGUGGCAAGACGAGCUGUGAUCGAGGCUGGCAUCUGGAGAUUCCUUGUCGAGGAAAUUCUUAGACUUGGGUCUGCUCAAUGGGCGAGUGCGAUUGGAGACGAAUUUGAAAUGGCUAUUCAGAAAGUCAAAGACGCUGGCUGGACGGGAAAGCAAGGAAAUAGAAAGGCGCUCAAUCGCUGGCGUGCCGAAACUGCGAUCAUGGUCGAGAAGCUCAACGAUCGGGAUGACAGUAUCAAGGCCAUCGUUGCCAAGCUUCUCAGAAGACUUUAUCCCGACGAUUCUGCGCCGGCAACAUGUUGCAGCAUCGAGGAAGAUUUGCGAGGGAUCAUCAACGUUGCUUAUGACUUGGACAUGAUGCUCCGUAUGUCUCAGGCAGAAUUCGUCGUGAAGUCUCGUGGAGCCCAUCAGAAACUUUCAGGUUUCCCAUUCAAGGACUUCCCUAUGGUGGAGGAGCCCAAUCUUCGCCAGUUCUCUGGUAGGGAUGCCUCUGAGAGCCCCGGCAUUGUCGAUUUGAUCAUCAGGCCGGCUCUCUUCAAGUGUGGAAACUCCAGAGGAGAGGAUUACCACGAGGAGAAGCGCAUUGCUCCGAUGCAAGUCCUGUGCGACAUUGUUGAUAGGCGAGAAGAGACGACUUCACCCAAACGGCCUGCGCUGGUCGUUGAGUUGUCCUCCAAGCCUCAGAGCAAGAAUGCUACCGAUGAGAGCAUGGCGUCGAUCGUCCAGAAGACCAGCAAGCAACACGAACUGCCAAGCAAGUCUCCCGAGUCUGAGCAGAGCGACACCAUGGACAAGGAUACUUCGGAAACGGAACAAGAUGGAGCACAGUCUUUGCGAACGGCCCCAACCGCGCCAUCGGAAGACGAGAACUUGUCGAGCCAGGAGACUGCACUCAGCGCACAGGUAGACUCUACAAUUCCGACAUCUAGAUCGAGUGUCGCUGACGAGGCUCAAGUCAAGAUCUCAGGAGACCGAGAUAACAUCGCCAGCACCGAAGGCAGAAGUGCGAAUUCGCCCAAAGACUCCUCCAGAGAAGCUAGCGAUGCGUCAUCGGCAACAGCUCACGCCCAAGGAAGCCAAGACGAAGAUGAAGAGCAAGAGGAAGCACGACUCUCGAGGUCACGGAUCUCGAAGACAAUCGCGCCAGAACAAGCCAACCCGGAGAUCCAGAACAUCCAAACAGGCCCAGGAAACGACGAGCAGCCCAUUUCAAAAUCUCAACCAGGAAAUGGGGCGCGAAAAUCCAAAGAAGUCCAACCGGGCAGAGAGACGCGCACACCUACGAAUGAACAGACCGCUGGAGAGCAGCGUGGCAUAGAUGGUGCAUUCCAGGGAAUGUCGGGUGCCGACGGUGAUAUCAGCAUGGGGUCGGAUGGGGAGCUAAGGCAGAUGAUUGCUGAAGAAAUUGACGGCUACAGCGGCGAGUCGAAGCACUGGCAGCAUGGGGACAUAGAGUAA